AUGCCCUCAACAUCAACUUCUCCUACUGACGAGUUCCUUGGCCAGGUGGUGGCUGAGCGUAUGGCUGACACCGUCUUCCUCCGCGGCGACAGCGCACGCAGCUUGCCAAUGAAGCAUGUCCAUCACUGGCAGCGCAUUGCGAUGGAUAUCCGCAAUAACGACUAUAACCCAGCCAAUAUAAGCUGGAGCAAGGACAGCCUGUUCUGCGCCAGCAUCGCCGUGACCGUCGACCACCUGAAGAGCAUAGUCAGCCAGGACAUCGACGACCUUAAGAGCCUGCUAAAGGACUGCCUCCUCCUGCCACGCGGCAGCGACACCGGCCAGGGCACCUCCCGCCUGCCGCCCUUGGACGAGGUCAUGGACAUCCCCUCCCAAAAGGUUCGAGGCUUCAGCUUCCUCGGCGCCGAGGCCAACCUGCCGCGGGUGAGCGCGGGGAAGGACUACUGGCCUUAG